AUGAGGCUGAGACAGGAGCAGCAGCAGCAGAGAGCCCUGGGAGGCGGAGACCACGUGGCUGAUGCAUCAGCGGCCGAUGCACCGACGACUGGGAUGCGGCGACCGGGAGGACGAGGCAGCAGCAGCAGCGAUCCCUUGGAGGUGGAGACCAGACUGAGACAGCAGCUUCAGCAGCAGCAAGCACUAGGAGGCGUAGACCAGAUGGCUGAGGCAGCAGCAGCAGCAGCACCGUCGACAGGGAGGAGGAAACAAGGAGGUGGAGGCAGCAGCAGCAGCGAGGCCUGGGAGGUGGAGACCAGGUGGCUGAGGCAGCAGCAGCAGAAGCUCCGACGACUGAGAGGCAGUGACCAGGAGGUGGAGGCAGUAGCAGCAGCAGCAGCAGCAGCCCUGGGAGGCGGAGACCAGGUGGCUGAGGCAGCAGCAGCAGAUGCCACGACGACUGGGAUACGAGGAAGCACCGACGACUGGGAUGCGGCGACCGGGGUGCUGAGGCAGCAGCAGCAGCAGCGAGCCCUGCGAGGCGGAAACCGGGAGGCGGAGGCAGCAGCAGCAGUAGCAGCAAGCCCUGGGAGGCGGAGACAAGGUGGUAGAGACAGCAGCAGCAGAAGCACCGACUUCUGGGAUGGGGCCACUGCGAGGCCAAGGCAACAGCAUCAGCAGCAGCUAGCACUGGGAGGUGGGGACCAGGUGGCUGAGGAAGCAGCAGCAGAUGCACCGACGACUGGGGUGCGGCGACCAGGAGGCCGAGGCAGCAGCAGCAGCAGCUGCAAGGUGCCCUGGGAGGCAGAGACCAGGUGGAGGCCGAGGCAGCAUCAGAAGCAGCGAGCACUAGGAAGCUGCGACCAGGCCGCAGAGGCAGCAGCAGAGAAGCACCGACGGCUAGGAUACGGCGACCUGGAGGCCGAGGCGGCAGCAGCAGCAACAGUGAGACCUGGGAGGCGGAGACCAGGAGGCGGAGGCAGCAACAGCAGCAUCAGCGAGCCCUGGGAGGCGGAGACCGUGUUGCCGAGGCAGCAGCAGCAGAAGCACCACCUUCUGGGAUGCGGGGACCAGGAUGCUGAGGCAGUAGCAUUGAGGCAGCAGCAGGAGCAGGAGAGUGCCCUGGAAGGUGGAGACCAGGUGGCUGAGGCAGCAGUAGCAGAAGCUGCGACUUCUGGGAUGCGGCGACUGGGAGGCCGAGGCAGCAGCAGCAGCAGCAGCAGCGAGCCCUGUAUGGCGGAGUCCAGGUGGCUGAGACAGCAGCAACAGGUGCACGGACGAAUGGGAUGCGGCUACCGGGAGGUCGAGGCAGCAGCAGCAGCAGCAGCGAGCACUAGACGACGGAGAUCAGGUGGCUGA